UCCUGCAGUGCACGCGCUGUUUUUGUUUCUGUCUACAGGAAACUGCUCAAUGCGAUGACAAGACUCUUUGAAUCGUCGGUCCAUUUGAAAGCGCGCGCGUGCUUGUGUAAAUGCUGCUGAGGGGGCAGGACAGUCCAUGUUAUCGCUCCGGUGCUCCUGACCUAAGCGACUGUCAUUGAAAACAUUCUGCCGGUCGCUGUACGGUGCGCUGCGCCAGAUGAAUGAAAUUCCCGGAAUGCAUACGCUAGCCACCUGCCUGUUAGUCGCUGCUGUUUCAUACUGGUACAGCAGCGAGCUUCUGACAGCGCUCCGUCUGUUUAUUUCAGACUCAGCCCUCGGCGGGGACAUGCCGGAACCCGAGGGGAAUCGUCGGUCACCUCAAGGUGUCCCAUACACCGACCUGCCGCACAUCGUAAACGCCGACGGACUGCACUUGUUCUGCCGUUACUGGGAGCCCGACAGUCCUCCGAAGGCUCUGGUGUUUGUUGCCCAUGGAGCAGGAGAGCAUUGUGGGGGAUAUGCUGACAUUGCUCACAGCCUGACCCAGCAUGGCAUUCUGGUGUUCGCCCACGAUCACGUUGGUCAUGGCAAGAGUGAAGGUGAGAGAAUGGAUAUCAAAAACUUCCAGAUUUACAUCAGAGACGUCCUCCAGCACAUUGACAUCAUGAAGGGCCGGUACCCCAAGCUGCCAGUCUUCAUCAUUGGACACUCAAUGGGAGGGGCCAUUUCCAUUCUGACCACCUGUGAGAGGCCGCCGGAUUUUGCAGGUGUGGUUCUCAUAGGCCCCAUGGUUCAAAUGAACGCUGAAUCUGCUACACCCUUCAAGGUUUUCAUGGCAAAAAUUCUAAACCGCUUGACUCCCAAACUCUCUCUUGGUUCGAUCGAGUCAAAAUGGGUCUCACGGGAUCCCAAACAGGUGGAGGCAUAUGACACAGAUGAGCUAAAUUAUCACGGAGGGCUGCGCAUCUCAUUUGGAAUGCAGCUGAUGGAAGCUGCGGCUCGUAUCGAGAGAGAAUUACCCAACAUCACAUGGCCCUUCUUCAUUCUCCAUGGCGACGCCGACAAGCUUUGUGACAUCAGAGGUGCUCAUCUAAUGUAUAAUGGGGCCAAGAGCACUGAUAAAAAACUGAAGGUAUAUGAAGAAGCCUACCAUGCCCUACAUCAUGACUUACCUGAAACAAUUGAGUCUGUCUUAAAGGAGGUGAGCACCUGGAUCCUGGAGAGACUCCCCGCCCCUCAUGGGUCUUAGCUGUCAAUCACUGCAUGCACACUUGCCUAAGCACCGCCCUUGACUGAAUCUUUCAUCUCUACUGACCAAGAGAUGUCUGAUUGCACUACAUGCCAACAAAACCACCCUCACUUUAAUCUACCUAGGUGAUAACAUAGAUAUGUCUAGGUAGAUGCGCUAGUAGCAGCUGUUUCUAUGGGCUGCUAUACAUAAGCCGUCCACCAUAUUCAUAAGCCUGUAUGUCUGUAACAGUAGUUAUACGCGUGUAUGAAUAUCUAUAUCUGCAAUAGACUUCAGCAGACGGUUUUGCUAAACUAACACAAUACAAUACAACAAGACAAAGCCGACAUUUAAAAGGUACUAUAGUUUAAAAACCUGUAAUGCUGAGUUAAUACAAACACAAACCAACACAUUCUUACAUGUGAAAGUUUAUCCAGUUUCUUUAGGAAUUUAAAUUUCGGCGGUUUUUAUAUCCAGAGGCUGCUCAAUGAAACUUCACCGUUCCAAGAUGGCGGAAGCGUCUACGUGCUUUGAGCGGUCGAAUGUGGUGUUUACCUUUAUAUGUCGAUGGGUAAUAAGAGGUCAUUAGUAAAUGACCUUUGACCUAGAGAUCCAAUUAAGCUUUAAUAUGGCCAGUAAGGGUUCUGUGGGAGUUUAUAUUCCCUGUUAAACUUCAAAGGCAUCAGCACUGCGGGGCAUGGCUUGUGCAUUACCAUAGCAAUCAUCAUGAGGAAUAUAAUGCACCCGGUUGCCCUCAGUGCUGAGCUCUCUUUUGUUUUGCCACAGUAAUGGAACACAGCUGCAAUUUGUGCUUUGUGAUGUCCACUGCUCAUAAGAGAUGCAGUGCUGCCCCCGCUGGACAACAGCAGUACUGCAUUCUGCUGUGAGCGCAGUUACCAAGGCAACUCAACCUUAUAUAGCUUGUGGCUUGGCAGAAAAACAAACUGAACCUACAGAAUGAGAAUAUGGUAAUGCUUUGAGACAUUCAGAGAGCAAAAUGUCUCCUGGGCAAAUGUAACAUUGCACUCGAAGAGAUCAAUUAGAUGAUCUCUACAGACACAUCUAUGCAGGAGAUCCCACAGAUUCCCAUAUAUUCACUAUAUAUACCCACAAUAAGGAGAAUUGGAAAGGUUUGAAAGUCUGUUCUAAAUUUCUUUUUGUGGUUUGACUGUUUCAAACACCUCAGACUGUUCCAUUCCUUGGAGUAAGUGGGGAAGUAGCUGUUCUGCAGCUGGAUUUACUUCAUAUGAAACCUAUUUACAGCUGAUUCUUUCUUAUGGCUUUGGAAUUGUAAUAUCUUAUUCCUUUAUUUUUACAAGCAUUUCGUUACUUUGACUACUUUAUUAUUAAUAAAUAUGUUACUGUUGAAAUUAUAAGAUGUUCACAUUAGCUUUUGACCUCAUUGUAGACCUCAGGGUGCUCAUGGGGUUUGUAGCUCAAAAACAACAUGAAAUUGUAAAAGGUCAGUCGUUCACACCAGCUUAACAUUUAACACGACUGUUUUGAUUCAGACAAAGGAAGGUUUUGUUACAGAGAUUCGUCUGUAAUCCUCAAAGGCAUUUUAUCAAUGACUGUAGAUCAAUAAAGGUUUUAUUGAAUGUGGCACAUUUUUAAUGGAAGCAACAAGCAAAAACUUUCUCUAGCUUAAUUUUUUUUGAUUGAUUGAUUUAGAUCAGUUAGUAAUAAUACUGCUAUCUGUGGUGUGAGCAGAAAUGAAAUGUUCAGCACAAGAUUGUGAAUAGUGUGCAUGUUUGUUAAGAGAUUAUGUAGAGAGAAACUAUCGUUUGGAUGUUUGUUUCACACGUAGAGCAUUUUAUUAAGUAUAUUGUCUCAAUCAUUUGAAAUGGAUCACUUGUACAUGAAAUGUAUGUAACACUUCUUAUGAGAAUUUGUAGAAUAACUAAAUCUUUAUAAGCGAUAAUCCUCUGUGACUUUGACUGUUUCUGUAACUGUUAUAAAAUCUUCCUAAGAUGGAAGUACUAGGAGCACUGUGAUUGGAGGAGAGGUUAAUAUUCUCAAGGACAUUAUCUUUACAUUGGGCAAUAAUGCAUGAUUCAUUUGGAUUAGAAUUGUCCAUCUGAGUUGCUUGUCUUUACUAUGGCAUCUAAAAUCCUCUCCUACAGUUGCACUGUCCUAGUAAAUGGCACAUUUAAUAUUAAAAGGGUUCUGAAUUCUUGC